GCGGGGCCCCGCGGGCCGGAAGACUUGGAAGAGUUCUUGAGGCCUCGGAGCUCUUGACCCAUUUGGCAGUGUGGUUUGCGCUCAGUCCCCGGCCCCGGGCUCCGGGCGCUGCGGACCAUGUCUCCGCCGCUGGCGCCCAGCCGGGACCGUGCAGGCCAAGAGGACGAGGACCGCUGGGAAGGACGGAGGGACCGCAAGGCCCGGAAGCCCCUAGUGGAGAAGAAGCGGCGCGCGCGGAUCAACGAGAGUCUCCAGGAGCUGCGGCUGCUGCUGGCCGGCACCGAGGUGCAGACCAAGCUAGAGAACGCCGAGGUACUGGAAUUGACGGUUCGGCGCGUACAAGCGGGAGCAGCUGCAGGCCGAAGCGAGCGAGCGCUUCGCUGCUGGCUACAUCCAUUGCAUGCAUGAGGUACACACGUUCGUGUCCACGUGUCAAGCCAUCGACGCCACCGUUUCAGCUGAACUCCUGAACCACCUGCUAGAGUCCAUGCCGCUGCGCGAGGGUAGCAGCUUCCGGGAUCUGCUGGGGGACUCCCUAGCUGGGCUGCCUGGAGGCCCUGGGAGGAACAACUGGUCUCCCGGAGGGAUUCCAGGGUCCCCAUUGUCCAGCCCCCCAGGCCCCGGGGACGACCUGUGUUCUGACCUAGAAGAGGUCCCGGAGGCUGAACUAAAUCGGGUGUCUGCUGAGGGGCCGGAUUUGGUACCUACAUCCUUAGGCAGCCUGACCGGAGCUCGCCUGGCCCAGUGUGUGUGGAGGCCUUGGUGACCAACAACACUAACCAGGGACCUGUGGAGGGUGGGCUGCCAUUCCUAAGUCUACCACUCCCUCCCCAAGUGUCAGAUGAUGUGCAGACAGCCCAGGUAUGCCUUCCCUGUUCUUUCUAUGAGUGGCUUGCAUGGCAACCCUUGGUGGCCAGUCCCUGCAGGUCCCUAGCUCCUGGAUGAGGGGAAGGGAGGCUACAGAAAGAAAGGAGGGAGACUCCUGUAGAGCUGUCAGGGUCCUCCUCACCCCCCUCGGUUCACCUGUCUCUGCCUUUCAGACAUUCUGAGGGACCUAGGGCAGAAGUGGCUGAUCCUGAGGCUGAGUGCCAGUGUCCCAGGCUAUAGCAGUCCUGACUUAAAUAGAAGUUCAGAUUUGCUGCUUCAGCCAGGAGACCAGGGGAGGCAGUUGCCUUAUGCAGGGUCACUGAGAGCUGCUCCCUGUUUGUAAGACAUUUGAAUGUGGGGAUUUGGUUGCCAUCAAAUGCUCCAGUUGAAUUAAAUAAAGAACUUUGGAAUUAGU